AUGUCUGAAGACCAGAUGAAUCAUCUACCUCUAUCCGCAAUCUUUUACCUCAUUGUUUCAGGUACUCUUUGUAUUUUGGCUUUUAUCACCAAUGGGCUUAUUGUUGGUGUGAAUGUUACGGACUGGAUGAAAGGCAGAAGUCUGAUGCCCAGUGAUGAAAUUCUGGUCAGCCUGGGGCUGUCCAACCUUUGCUUCUCCACCACACUAAUUCUGGACUAUUUCAUUUCACUCAUCUGGGAGGAGUUCUACAGAAAGUUUUACAUGGUGCAAAAAAUCAUGUUUAUCCUCGAUAUUGCCACAAGCUUUUUGAGCUUUUGGUUCACUGCCUGGCUCAGCAUUUUCUACUGCAUGAAGAUUGUCAACUUCAAGCAGUCGUUUUUGCUGAGGGUGAAACUACAAUUUUCUAGCCUUGUGCGUUGGUUCCUCCUUGGUUCCGUGCUGGCUUCCUCCGGAGCAACAUUCCUUGUCACCUUGACUUUUACAACAGUGUACCAAGCACCCGACAAUCUGGGCAAUCAGACUUCCCUCAGCCUUCCCUCUGACUUUAACUUUACAGACGACUACAAAAAGGAAAAAAUAAUGCUGGUGCAUAUAACUAUGCCUUACAAACUCCUCAUCAUCCUCCUGGGCUGCUCUGUUCCCCUAGUGAUGGUGAUUGCCUCUUCAGCGCCAGUUCUCAAUUCUCUUUUCAGGCAUGCCAAAAACCUGGAACAAAACACAACCAUUUCCCACAACCCUCGCCUGGAGGUUCAUCUAAAUGCAGCCAAGUCAUGGCGGAAGAGCAGGUUUUCGAAAUCGCCGCCUAGGAGGCAACAAGGAAGUGACCGCUGCGCAGCGGGGAACAGAUGA